AUGUUGUCCGAACUGGUACUAGGUGAUGUCGUUGUGGUAUGCCGUCAAGAGGCACCGGAGUAUCUUUCAUCUUGCUUUCGAAAUGCAAAGCUGGUAUUUUUGAACGAUCGGGAGAAAAUAAGGCUUAAAAACUACGAGCAAAUAAAGGUCCCUCGAAGUGAACCUAUUUCUAACAUUUUCCUUGAUUUAGAAGACCGAAAUCUUUAUCUGACCAAUUUCGUUUUGGAUCAGAAUCUUUUGGAAAUCCCAGUGAAAGCUAUUGCGGUUUUUGAAAAUAAAAUUGCGAUUUUCAUUGGGAAUAAAUCACUAUUGUUCGAUCCUGAUAGAUUUGGAGAUGGAAUUCAAGAUGCUCAGUUUUUCAAAGACAUUUUUCACAAAGGAAAAGUGCAAGAUGUGCAGAUGAACAUUCAGAACAAAAGAACAACAAAAAAAUAUUAUGAAGAAUCAGCAAUCACAUACAGUGAUUAUUCCAACUCUGGAGAACUCGGAGUAUUCACAAUUGAAGAAUAUUUAUCAGUCGAUCGAGUUGCACAGAACUUCGAAAAAAACUUAGGAUCAGACGAUAUAGAUGGAGCCAAUUCCAGUACAAACACUUCUGUUCAAAACAUGCCUAUUGGAUUUGAGAAAGAUUGUCUUAAUGAAAUCUACGAACCGACUGAAAACCCUGGAAAGAUCGUCCCAGUCAAGCCGAUCCCAAUUUCUGCACUCGACUCUAGAAAAGUUAGAGAAAUCGAGAUACUUCGGUACAUGCAAAAAGUGGACGAACUGUUGAACGGAUUGACAGUGAACCAGAAAGAAGUCAUGGUUUCUGCUGAUCAAAUCACGUUGUCGAGAAAUUUUGCUACCUCUGACAGUACCGUAAGGAAGAUGAAGAAUCAUUUGGCUAAACAUUCGGAGCUACCCCACCCAGAUCCCAUCAUAGUUGUGAAACAAAACGAAAAUCUUCAAGUUGUUUCGGGUAACAGAAGAGUGUCUGCAUAUAAAGCAAUGUCUAGAAACAAGAUUUGGGUUUCCGAGAUUGAUUCUGAAGACUUUUUGAAAUUCCGGCUCAAUAGUUAUUUCGGUUCAAAUGUUGAUGCCGAUCACGAACUCAUUGUUAUGAAGAAUAUAAUCAAAGACCUACUAUCAUAUCUGAAUAUUUCCAACUCAAUGCUAAAAACAUGGACUGCUAUCGAAAAAAAUAGAGUCUUCGGAAAGUUAUUUCAGUCCAAGAUGAAACUUCGACACCUCCUCGACAUUUAUCCACAUGAGCGUUUGAUGGAGACACUGAUGAAGCUCAGUUCUGAUGGGCUAAAGUUUAAUGGAUACUCUCUACGAGAUAUUGGGAGGAAAUAUCGGAAAAACCCAAAAUCAACCAACUCUGCUCUAGAAGCCGUAACCACAGACGUAGAACUGAAAAAUGCAAUUUCUAAACUAAGGCCAGAUGUCAAGUUUCUGCUGGAAGAGAAAAACGUUCCUGAAGACGUGGCUCAAGAAUUAUCUAUAAUUUAUGAAGAUGAUCUGGAAUUCCUCAAUUUCGCCAGAAGCUCAGAUCUACGAUGCAUCAAUAGAGCGACACCAUUGUCAGCGGUUACUGACAAGUUCCAUGUCUUUCUCAAUAAGAAAAAGACUUCUCCGCCUUGCUCAAAAACGAACUUCAUUGUAUCUAAUAUCUCCGAUACUGAAUUUGACAUUCUAUUGACAGCCAAUCAUGAGUUUGCACUUCAAGCGACAAAAAUCAAGGAAUCGAUUUUUAUAUUAUCAGUGGGAUCAUUACUUUCGAAUUCGGAUCACAUUCUAUUGCUACCAGAUCAAAUGGGAAUCGAAGACUGCAACGGAAAGCUGAAUAACUAUGUGUCUCUCGAGAUAAUAAUAAAAGUGGAUGGAGAAAUACUUCAGGGAAGAGCAAAAACCACAUUUUUAUCUCGCUGUGGGAUAACCAACCGAAUCAUUUAUACCACUGAUCAACUGUUCGGACUAUCCCAAGAACACAAAACCUACUACAUAGACUUCGGAGGACUAAUUUCAGAAGAGCUCGCAAAGCUACUCAUUCCGCCAGAUGCUACAAUUGUUGUCAAGACCGCAAAUCAGCAACAAAAACUCCAAAAAUAUUUCACCAGAAGAGUUACCGAGAGCCUUACGAUUGCGCCCACCAGAUAA